UGCCCCUCCCGCCGCCCCGGACCCGGACCGGAUCCGACCUCCUGCGGCGCUCUGGCAGCGGAUUCCCCAGGGCCGCAGCCUCUGCCUGUAAGCCUGCGAAGCAUCCCGUCUCCCCGCUGAGGGCCGCCCUCUCCCAGGAGACCUGAAUUCAGUCCCGAGCACGUGCAUCAAGCCGCUCUCAGGGGCCUGUGACUCCAGCUGGGGGCGCUGUCCUCUUCUUCUGGCCUCCACGAGCACCUGUACUCAUGCACGCAGGCCCGCCCGCCCGCCCUCCACACUCGGUAUACGCUGUGGCUCUGCCAAUGAUCUUGUGAGAGUUGGGAACGCCUAGUCGCCCGAGAGCGGCCACCUGCCUUCCCCCAGCAUGGCGUCCGACACGCCCGAGUCCCUGAUGGCCCUCUGUACCGACUUCUGUCUCCGGAAUCUUGAUGGCACCCUGGGCUACCUGCUGGACAAGGAGACCCUGCGGCUGCAUCCAGACAUCUUCUUGCCCAGCGAAAUCUGUGACCAGCUGGUCAAUGAGUAUGUGGAGCUGGUCAGUGCUGCCUGCACCUUUGAGCCCCACGAGACCUUCUUCAGCCUCUUCUCAGACCCCCGCAGCACUCGCCUCACCCGGAUCCACCUCCGCGAGGACCUGGUGCAGGACCAGGACCUGGAGGCCAUUCGCAAGCAGGACCUGGUGGAGCUGUACCUGACCAACUGCGAGAAGCUGUCGGCCAAGAGCCUGCAGACGCUUCGGAGCUUCAGCCACAGUCUGGUGUCCUUGAGCCUCUUCGGCUGUGCCAACAUCUUCUAUGAGGAGGACAACCCCGGGGGCUGUGAGGACGAGUGUCUCGUCAACCCCACCUGCCAGGUGCUGGUCAAGGACUUCACCUUCGAAGGCUUCAGCCGCCUGCGCUUCCUCAACCUGGGCCGCAUGAUAGACGGUGUCCCGGUGGAGUCUCUGCUUCGGCCGCUCACCUCACUGGCUGCCUUGGACCUCUCAGGCAUCCAGACGAGCGACGCCACCUUCCUGACACAGUGGAAGGACAGUCUGAUGUCCCUUGUGCUCUAUAACAUGGACCUUUCAGAUGACCACAUCCGCGUCAUCGCCCAGCUGCACAAGCUUCGCCACCUGGACAUCUCCCGAGACCGCCUCUCCAGCUACUACAAGUUCAAGCUGACUCGGAAGGUGCUCAGCCUCUUGGUGCAGAAGCUGGGGAACCUGAUGUCCUUGGACAUCUCUGGCCACAUGAUCCUAGAGAACUGUAGCAUCUCCAAGAUGGAUGAGGAGGCAGGACAGAUCAGCACCGAGCCUUCCAAGAGCAGCAUCAUGCCUUUCCGGGCUCUCAGGAGGCCACUGCAGUUCCUGGGACUCUUUGAGACCUCCCUGUGCCGCCUCACACACAUUCCAGCCUACAAAGUCAGCGGUGACAAAAAUGAGGAGCAGGUGCUGAACGCCAUCGAGGCCUACACAGAACACCGGCCUGAGGUCACUUCCAGGGCCAUCAACCUGCUCUUUGACAUUGCACGCAUUGAACGCUGCAACCAGCUUCUGCGGGCCCUGAAGCUGGUCAUCACAGCCCUCAAGUGCCACAAGUACGACAAGAACAUUCAGGUGACAGGCAGCGCUGCCCUCUUCUACCUGACCAACUCCGAGUACCGCUCGGAGCAGAGCGUCAAGCUGCGCCGGCAGGUCAUCCAGGUGGUGCUGAAUGGCAUGGAGUCCUACCAGGAGGUGACGGUGCAGCGGAACUGCUGUCUGACCCUGUGCAACUUCAGCAUCCCCGAGGAGCUGGAGUUCCAGUACCGCCGCGUCAACGAACUUCUGCUCAGCAUCCUCAGCCCCACGCGGCAGGACGAGUCGAUCCAGCGCAUCGCCGUGCACUUGUGCAACGCCCUGGUCUGCCAGGUGGACAAUGACCACAAGGAGGCUGUGGGCAAGAUGGGCUUCGUGGUGACCAUGUUGAAGCUGAUCCAGAAGAAGCUGCUGGACAAGACGUGUGACCAGGUGAUGGAGUUCUCCUGGAGUGCCCUGUGGAACAUCACAGACGAGACACCCGACAACUGCGAGAUGUUCCUCAACUUCAAUGGCAUGAAGCUCUUUCUCGACUGCCUCAAGGAGUUCCCAGAGAAGCAGGAACUGCACCGGAACAUGCUGGGACUCUUGGGGAACGUGGCAGAGGUGAAGGAGCUGCGGCCUCAGCUGAUGACCUCGCAGUUCAUCGGCGUCUUCAGCAACCUGCUGGAAAGCAAGGCCGAUGGCAUCGAGGUUUCUUACAAUGCCUGUGGUGUUCUGUCCCACAUCAUGUUCGAUGGGCCUGAGGCCUGGGGUGUCUGUGAGCCCCAGAGGCCAGAGGUGGAGGAGCGUAUGUGGGCAGCCAUCCAGAGCUGGGACAUCAACUCCCGGAGGAAUAUCAACUACAGGUCCUUUGAGCCGAUUCUCCGCCUCCUUCCUCAGGGCAUCUCUCCAGUCAGCCAGCACUGGGCCACCUGGGCCCUGUACAACCUCGUGUCUGUCUACCCUGACAAGUACUGCCCCCUGCUGAUCAAAGAAGGUGGGAUGCCCCUGCUGAGGGAGCUGAUCAAGAUGGCCACUGCCCGGCAGGAAACCAAGGAGAUGGCCCGCAAGGUGAUUGAACACUGCAGUAACUUUAGAGAGGAGAACAUGGACACGUCCAGAUAGAGGCCUCCACCCAUGGCCACACAGCUCGGACCACAGGACAGGAGGAAGCGCUGGAGGUCCAGUGGCGGGUCCCUUCCGCCUCCCCAGGAUGAAGAGACAGCGAGGACUUUGCACACUGACGCUUUUCCUUAAUGUUAGUGAGAUCUAUAUAUUCUAUAUAUAUUAUUUUUUUUUGGUUAGGAAGUGUGAAGUUUUGUGUGUAUGACCUCUCCUGAGUCUUCGCAGCUCCCUGCCACUCUCAGCCUGCCUCCAAGCUUUCAUGGCUACCAUGCUCACUCCCGCCCAGCCAGGCUUGCCUCUAAUGCUGUGCGUCUCCAGCCCCUUCCCAGUGAGCUCAGACCCUGGCCCGGCUUCUGUCUGUCGUGGGAGGAGCUGGCCCCUACUGGGCAACAGCCCCAUGCCUGCCUGAGGGCCCUGUCGGGGCUCCCAGGUGAGGCUUGAUGGGGUUGGGGGAUUAAGACCAGCUCUAUUGAGUCUCCCAGAAGCCUUGGUGCUCCAGGCUGUAAGCCGUCCGAGGCCUCAGGCUAAGCAGCUCCUGUCCAGGGCCCCCCUGAAGAAGCAGGGCUGUGUUGACUCUCUGGCCAGGGCUGCCUGUGGCCAUGCUGCUAUGGAGGCUGCCUCAAGUCUCCCUCAGGCCCCAGGCUUUUGAAGGCUCCAGCCCAGAGGUGGUCAGAACUCAGGGGCGAUUCCGUUUGCCCCUUCUGCCAAACAUGCCCACCCCACCCCAGCUCUGGCAGCUGGCACCUUCCAGGACCAGGUCUUGCUCCUUUUUCUGUAGCUCUCAUCUGCCCCCAGCAUCCCAGUGCCCAGGUACUCCCACCAGCAGAGCUGAGCCCACCCCCCUGCCCAAAAGAUACUACAAGGCAGGGGCUCCCCACUUCAGCCCUUCACAGUGACAGCGGGCAGCCACCUCCAGACCAGCACUGGACAGUCCUCUGUCCCUCCAGCCCACUCAGGCUGUCCCUGAGAAGCCGCUGUGUUGUGUUACAGGCACAGUGGCAGGCCGCCGCUGUCUAGGCAUCUCGUGCAUUGUGCGUUGUAUCUGUGCAUUGCUCCUCACUGACACAGGACCACUGAGGAGGCCUGUGCUCACGAGAGCCAAGCUCCCCCUGGAGGCAGCUUUUGGUGUGGCUUUUUCUGCCCUCUUUCUUCCCUGGGCCUGUCCUUUGAUUUUUCUGGCCUGGCCUGUCUGUCUCCAGGCAGAAGGGGCCUGGCUGUUCACAAAACGCAGGGAGAGGUAACUGACCUCUCCAGAGGAAGCUGUCUCCCUGGCCAAGUUAGAGAGAGGGCGUAACCGUGUGCUUCUCCCAUGCGGCACGCGGGCGACCUUAGCCCUCCUUUCCACCCCUGCCCUUCUGGCAGCAGCCAGACCAUGAGCAGAGUUCACAUCCCAUGCUUUACCACCUGCGGUCUGGGGGAAUGUCUGUACUUUGGGGUGUCACGGAAAUACAUUUUUGUGCAAAGUGCA